AUGUUAGUAUCAGGAGUUGGUUCUGAAAGCACCCCCAACACCACUGUGACCACCACUGCCACCCCACAAACCUCAACAGCAUCCAGUACCAACCAGCCCUCUUCUACCACCAGUGGAGCCCACUUUAACAAGUGCAGCUUCCACCACCACCCUCUCUUCAGUAGUUACCUCCAGCACAACUGCAUCAGGAGGCACAGCAUCAACCACCAGCCAGUCCCCCACAUCCACACUAACAGGAACAGCAUCAACCACAAGCCAGUCCCCCACACUAACAGGCACAACAUCACCCACCAGCGAAUCCCCUGUAUCCACACUAACAGAAGCAGCGUCAACCACCAACCAGUCCCCCGCGUCCACACUAACAGGAACAGCAUCAACCACCAGCCAGUCCCCCACAUCCACAGGCACAGCAUCAACCACCAGCGAGUCCCCUACAUCCACCCUAACAGGAACAGCAUCACCCACCAGCCAGUCCCCUACAUCCACACUAACAGAAACAGCAUCAACCGCCAGCCAGUCCCCUACAUCCACACUAACAGGAACAGCAUCAACCGCCAGCCAGUCCCCUACAUCCACACUAACAGGAACAGCAUCAACCGCCAGCCAGUCCCAUACAUCCACACUAACAGGCACAACAUCACCCACAAGCGAAUCCCCUACAUCCACACUAACAGGCACAACAUCAACCACACUAACAGGAACAGCAUCACCCACGAGCCAGUCCCCUACAUCCACAGGCACAGCAUCAACCACCAGCGAGUCCCCCACAUCCACCCUAAAAGGAACAGCAUCAACCACCAGCGAGUCCCCUACAUCCACACUAACAGGAACAGCAUCACCCACCAGCCAGUCCCCUACAUCCACACUAACAGGAACAGCAUCACCCACCAGCCAGUCCCCUACAUCCACACUAACAGGAACAGCAUCACCCACCAGCCAGUCCCCUACAUCCACAGGCACAGCAUCAACCACCAGCGAGUCCCCCACAUCCACCCUAAAAGGAACAGCAUCAACCACCAGCGAGUCCCCUACAUCCACACUAACAGGAACAGCAUCACUCACCAGCGAGUCCCCUACAUCCACACUAACAGGAACAGCAUCAACCGCCAGCCAGUCCCCUACAUCCACACUAACAGGAACAACAUCACCCACCAGCCAGUCCCCUACAUCCACACUAACAGAAACAGCAUCAACCGCCAGCCAGUCCCCUACAUCCACACUAACAGGAACAGCAUCAACCGCCAGCCAGUCCCCUACAUCCACACUGACAGAAACAGCAUCAACCGCCAGCCAGUCCCCUACAUCCACACUAACAGGAACAGCAUCAACCGCCAGCCAGUCCCCUACAUCCACACUAACAGGAACAGCAUCAACCGCCAGCCAGUCCCCUACAUCCACACUAACAGGAACAGCAUCAACCGCCAGUCAGUCCCCUACAUCCACACUAACAGGAACAGCAUCAACCGCCAGCCAGUCCCCUACAUCCACACUAACAGGCACAACAUCAACCACACUAACAGGAACAGCAUCACCCACCAGCCAGUCCCCUACAUCCACACUAACAGAAACAGCAUCAUCCACCAGCCAGUCCCCCACAUCCACACUAACAGGAACAGCAUCAUCCACCAGCCAGUUCCCUACAUCCACACUAACAGGAACAGCAUCACCCACCAGCCAGUCCCCUACAUCCACACUAACAGGAACAGCAUCAACCACCAGCCAGUCCCCUACAUCCACACUAACAGGAACAGCAUCAACCGCCAGCCAGUCCCCUACAUCCACACUAACAGGAACAGCAUCAACCGCCAGCCAGUCCCCUACAUCUACACUAACAGGCACAACAUCACCCACAAGCGAAUCCCAUACAUCCACACUAACAGGAACAGAGUCAACCACCAGCCAGUCCCCCACAUCCACACUAACAGGAACAGCAUCACCCACCAGCCAGUCUCCUGCAUCCACAGGAACAGCAUCAACCGCCAGCGAAUCCCCUACAUCCACCGGCACAGCAUCAACCACCAACCAGUCCCCUACAUCCACACUAACAGGAAUAGCAUCAACCACCAGCCAGUCUCCUACAUCCACACUGACAGGAACAGCAUCAACUGCCAGCCAGUCCCCCACACUAACAGGCACAACAUCACCCACCAGCGAAUCCCCUACAUCCUCACUAACAGGAACAGCAUCAACCACCUGCCAGUCCCCUACAUCCACACUAACAGGCACAACAUCAACCACCAGCCAGUCGCACACAUCCACAGGCACAGCAUCAACCACCAGCGAGUCCCCUACAUCCACCCUAACAGGAACAGCAUCAACCACCAGCGAGUCCCCUACAUCCACACUAACAGGAACAGCAUCACUCACCAGCGAGUCCCCUACAACCACACUAACAGGAACAGCAUCAACCGCCAGCCAGUCCCCUACAUCCACACUAACAGGAACAACAUCACCCACCAGCCAGUCCCCUACAUCCACACUAACAGGAACAGCAUCAACCACACUAACAGGAACAGCAUCAACCACCAGCCAGUCCCCCACAUCCACACUAACAGGAACAGCAUCAACCACCAGCCAGUCCCCUACAUCCACACUAACAGGCACAACAUCAACCACACUAACAGGAACAGCAUCAACCACACUAACAGGAACAGCAUCAACCACCAGCCAGUCCCCUACAUCCACACUAACAGGCACAACAUCAACCACACUAACAGGAACAGCAUCAACCACCAGCCAGUCCCCCACAUCCACACUGACAGGAACAGCAUCAACCACCAGCCAGUCCCCCACAUCCACACUGACAGGAACAGCAUCAACCACCAGCCAGUCCCCUACAUCCACAGGCACAGCAUCAACCACCAGCGAGUCCCCUACAUCCACAGUAACAGGAACAGCAUCAACCACCAUCCAUUCACCUGCAUCCACACUAACAGUAACAGCAUCAACCACAAGCGAGUCCCCUACAUCCACACUAACAGGAACAACAUCACCCACCAGCCAGUCCCCUACAUCCACACUAACAGGAACAGCAUCAACCACACUAACAGGAACAGCAUCAACCAGCAGCCAGUCCCCCACAUCCACACUAACAGGAACAGCAUCAACCACCAGCCAGUCCCCCACAUCCACACUAACAGGAACAGCAUCAACCACCAGCCAGUCCCCUACAUCCACACUAACAGGCACAACAUCAACCACACUAACAGGAACAGCAUCAACCACACUAACAGGAACAGCAUCAACCACCAGCCAGUCCCCUACAUCCACACUAACAGGCACAACAUCAACCACACUAACAGGAACAGCAUCAACCACCAGCCAGUCCCCCACAUCCACACUGACAGGAACAGCAUCAACCACCAGCCAGUCCCCCACAUCCACACUGACAGGAACAGCAUCAACCACCAGCCAGUCCCCUACAUCCACAGGCACAGCAUCAACCACCAGCGAGUCCCCUACAUCCACAGUAACAGGAACAGCAUCAACCACCAUCCAUUCACCUGCAUCCACACUAACAGUAACAGCAUCAACCACAAGCGAGUCCCCUACAUCCACACUAACAGGAACAGCAUCAUCCACCAGCCAGUCCCCUAUAUCCACACUAACAGAAACAGCAUCACCCACCAGCCAGUCCCCUACAUCCACACCAACAGGAACAGCAUCAACCGCCAGCCAGUCCCCUACAUCCACACUAACAGGAACAACAUCACCCACCAGCCAGUCCCCUAUAUCCACACUAACAGAAACAGCAUCACCCACCAGCCAGUCCCCUACAUCCACACUAACAGGAACAGCAUCAACCACCAGCCAGUUCCCCACAUCCACAGGCACAACACCACCCACCAGCGAGUCCCCCACAUCCACAUCAGCAGGCACAGCAUCAACCACCAGCCAGCCCCGUACAACUACACCUGCUUCCACAGGCGAUUUAUCCACCACAACGCAAUUACAUACAACCUCACCCACUUCCACAGUUGGUUCAACGACCAUGACCGGCACCACCAUGACAACUACAACUUCAUCUUCCUCCAUGACUUUGGGCCCUGGUUCUUUUACCACAACAAAGAACACCAGUGACAUCACUGAGAAUGGAAACACUACCUCAAACAAUACUUCAAUGAACAUGACACAAUGCCCCUCAUUCAACUGCAACUACUCUGACUGCUAUUCAAUGUACAUCAGUCAGAACACCACUUCAUGUGCCGUCGAUGC